GGUGGGCGGAGCUUCCAAAACGACCUGCAGGACGGUGAACUUUCGCUCGCAGAACCGCUUCUUUCCAGUGCCUGGAGACAACAAUCCCACAAGAAUAAGGAAGCUCUGAAGCAGGAGUCAUGGCAGCCAAACCUAAGCUCUACUACUUUAAUGGCAGGGGACGGAUGGAGUCGAUCCGCUGGCUGCUGGCUGCGGCUGGAGUGGAGUUUGAGGAAGAAUUUCUUGAGACAAGGGAACAGUAUGAGAAGAUGCAAAAGGAUGGACACCUGCUUUUCGGCCAAGUACCCUUGGUUGAAAUCGAUGGGAUGAUGCUGACACAGACCAGGGCCAUCCUCAGCUACCUCGCUGCCAAGUACAACUUGUAUGGGAAGGACCUGAAGGAGAGAGUCAGGAUUGACAUGUAUGCAGAUGGCACCCAGGACCUGAUGAUGAUGAUUGCCGUGGCUCCAUUUAAAACCCCCAAGGAAAAAGAGGAGAGCUAUGAUUUGAUACUGUCAAGAGCUAAAACCCGUUACUUCCCAGUGUUUGAAAAGAUUUUAAAAGACCACGGAGAGGCUUUUCUCGUUGGCAACCAGCUCAGUUGGGCAGACAUCCAGCUCCUAGAAGCCAUUUUGAUGGUGGAAGAACUCAGUGCCCCUGUACUGUCCGACUUCCCUCUGCUGCAGGCAUUUAAGACAAGAAUCAGCAACAUUCCUACAAUUAAGAAGUUCCUGCAACCCGGAAGUCAGAGGAAGCCUCCUCCAGAUGGCCCCUAUGUUGAGGUGGUCAGGACUGUCCUGAAGUUCUAGUGCAGCGUGCUUUAAGGUGGCACCCACAAGGUUCCAAUUGCAGUGUCACCACAGGCCAGCUGCAGAGCAUUCCAGAAGCAAGGUAUAUAGAUCCCAGGAGUCAAGCUCUUCAAACAACAAAACCACUCUGCCCACAAUGACAAAUGCCAAUUAAAUACAGUGGAAAACUA